GCGGAUCUGGCUGCCGAGAACAACACCAGCAGUUUAGUGAGUGAGCAGGCCAGCCAGGUGGAAAAGCUCACAGCGAAUUUGAGGACCAAGGCACAUGCUCACAGUGGAUUAACGGUUUGCUCACACCUCAAGAGACAUGGGCUGUAUCAAGUCCACACUGAACACCAGGCUGCGUGAGAACACCGAGGACAAGAUCAGUCAGCAGACAAAUCACGUCAUGUUGCCUGGCCAGGUAUUUCAAAGGAUGGAGGACCAGCACAAGGUUGGCAAGGUUGUGGUUGGCCUUUACUCAUAUGAAGCUGUACAUCCUGACGACCUUGGUUUCACAAAAGGAGAAAAGAUGACAAUUCUUGAGGAGCAUGGUGAGUGGUGGAAAGCCAAAUCGCUGAGAUCUGACAAACAGGGUUUCAUCCCAUCCAAUUAUGUUGCCCAAGCAGACAGCAUGGAAACAGAGCAGUGGUUUUUCAUGGACAUUACCAGAAAAGAUGCAGAGAGGCAGCUACUUGCGCCUGCAAACAGACCUGGGGCUUUCCUUAUCAGGGAAAGUGAAACUUCAAAAGGUAGCUUUUCAUUGUCAAUACGAGAUGUUGACAACCAGGCAACAGAAUCAGUCAAACACUAUAAGAUCAGAAUGUUGGAUAAUGGUGGUUUCUACAUCUCACCGAAGAUCUCCUUCCCUGACAUCAGCUCCAUGAUCAAACACUACCACAACAAAGCAGAUGGUCUCUGUCGUAAACUGGACCGUCCAUGUGUAAAGCCUAAAGCUCAGAAGCCGUGGGAUAAAGAUGCUUGGGAAAUUUCCAAGGAGUCCAUUACGAUGGUGAAGAAACUCGGAGCGGGACAGUUUGGAGAAGUCUGGAUGGCAUACUACAACAACACAACCAAAGUAGCAGUGAAGACUCUGAAGCCAGGCACCAUGACUGUGGAAGCCUUCCUGGAAGAAGCAAACAUCAUGAAAACGCUACAGCAUGAAAGACUUGUACGUCUCUAUGCCGUUGUGACAAAGACGCAGCCGAUAUACAUCAUCACGGAAUUCAUGGCAAAUGGGAGCCUACUUGACUUCCUCAAGAGUGAUGCAGGCUGUAAACUGCAAUUGCCCAAACUCACGGAUUUUGCAGCACAGAUUGCGGAAGGCAUGGCAUACAUAGAGAGGAAGAAAUACAUCCACAGAGACCUGAGAGCAGCAAAUGUUCUUGUGUCUGAGAGCCUGCUCUGUAAAAUUGCCGAUUUUGGACUGGCAAGAGUCAUAAGUGAUGAUGAGUACACUGCCAAAGAGGGAACUAAGUUUCCUAUCAAGUGGACUGCACCUGAGGCCAUAAACUACAGCUCUUUCACUAUCAAGUCGGACAUGUGGUCCUUUGGAGUUCUGCUGUAUGAGCUUAUUACACUUGGGAAAAUGCCUUAUCCAGGUAUGACAAAAGCUGAAGUGAUGUCUUCGGUGCAACGUGGCUACCGGAUGCCCUGCCCUGACAACUGUCCUGCUGAACUGUACACCAUCAUGAUGUCCUGCUGGAAUAGUGCGCCUGAUGAUAGGCCCACUUUUGAGUACAUGCAGAGUGUCCUGGAUGACUAUUACACUUCCACCGAGGGACAGUAUCAGCAACAACCAUAGAGGCAGAUUGUUGGAGAGGCUUUUUAGCACAGAAGUUGUUUUUGCUCUACAUUGUGAAUGGAGCUGCUCAUGGUGAUGUAUUUAUGAAAGUUACGCGUGAAAAUGGCUUUUUGACACCAUUGUACUGCUCCAUUAUUUAAUUUUCUCUAGCUGUCAGGAGCAAAUCUGACAGCUACAAUCUGACUGCAUCUCAACCUGCAAAAGUCAUGACAAUACAAAUGCCAACAUUUUCUUCAAAACAGAUUUUCAGGUCAGUGACCAUUCAAGUGUAGCACCUGCUUCAUAUUGAAGUACUUGAACUUCCUUUUUUUAAGCCGGUAAAAUCUUGUUGCUCUAAUAUCACUCUCACCCAAGUGUAGAUGCUUUAGCUUAAAAGUUAAAUCUAAACUUCACCAAAAGAGGCACCAAAACUGUUGAAAAAAAUAUAUAUAUGUAUAUAAUUUCUUGUGUGGUUAUUUAUAUCCUCUGCUAUUAUGUAAUAUGUACAGUGAAGAAAAUGUGUAUUUCACCACCCUGCUAUACUGCAAGUUCUCCCACUUAGAAAUCAUGGAGGGGUCUGAAAUUUUCAUCGUAGGUGCAUGUCCACUGUGAGAGAGAUAAUCUAAAAGAAAAAAUGAAGAUGUCACAAUGGAGCAUUUUUUUAACGAUUUAUUUGUAUGAUACAGGUGCAAAUAAGUAUUUGAACACUGUCUAUCAGAUAGAAUUCUGACCCUCAAAGACAUGUUAGUCCACCUUUAAAAGUCCAGCUCCACUCCACGUAUUAUCCUGAAUCAGAUGCAACUGUGGGAGGUCGUUAGCUGGAUAAAGACACCUGUCCACACAAUCAGUUCGUCUCAAACUUGUAACAUGGCCAAGACCAAAGAGCUGUCCAAAGACACCAGAGAAAAAACUGUACAGCUACACACGGCUGGAAAGGGCUACGGAGAAAUUGCCAAGCAACUUGGUGAAAAAGGUUCCCUGUUAAAGCAAUCAUUAGAAAAUGGAAGAAGCUCAAUAUGACGGUCAAUCUCAAUCGGAUUGGAGCCCCAUGGAAGAUAUCACCUCGUGGGGUCUCAAUGAUUCUUAGAAAGGUCAGGAAUCAGCCAAGGACUACACGACAGGACUUGGUCAAUGACCUGCAAAGAGCUGAGGUCACCGUUUCCGAGGUGACUGUUGGUAAUGCACAAAGACGUCAUGCUUUGAAAUUAUGCAUGGCACGGAAGAUUCCCCUGCUUAAACCAGCACAUGUCAAGGCCCGUCUUAAGUUUGCCAAUGACAAUUUGGAUGAUACAGAGGAGUCAUAGGAGAAAGUUUUGUUGUCAGAUGAGACCAAAAUGGAACUUUUUGCUCAUAAUUCCACUAACCGUGUUUGGAGGAAGACAAAUGAUGAGUUCCAUCCCAAGAACACCAUCCCUACUGUGAAGCAUGGGGGUGGUAGCAUCAUGCUUUGAGGGUGUUUUUCUGCACAUGGGACAGGAUGACUGGACUGCAUUAAGGAUAGGAUGAUCGCGGCCAUGUAUUGUGAGAUUUUGGGGAACAACAUCUUUCCCUCAGUCAGAGAAUUGAAGAUGGGUCAUGGCUGGGUCUUUCAACAUGACAAUGGCCCGAAGCUCACCAGCCAGGAAAACCAAGGAGAGGCUCCGUAAGAAGCAUAUCAAGGUUCUCGUGUGGCCUACCCAGUCUCCAGACCUAAACCCAAUAGAAAAUAUUUGGAGGGAGCUGAAAGUCUGUGUUUCUCAGUGACAGCCCAGAAACCAGUCAGAUCUAGAGAAGAUCUGUGUGGAGGAAUGGGCCAAAAUCCCUCCUGCAGUCCGAGCAAACCUGGUGAACAACUACAGGAAACGUUUGACCUCUGUAAUUGCAAACAAAGGCUACUGUACCAAAUAUUAACAUUGGUUUUCUCAGGUGUUCAAAUACUUAUUUGCAGCUGUAUCACACAAAUAAAUCAUUUAAAAAUCAUACAUUGUGAUUUCUGGAUUUUUCUAUUUAGAUUAUCUCUCACAGUGGACACGGACCUAUGAUGAAAAUUUCAGACCCCUCCAUGAUUUCUAAGUGGGAGAACUUGCAAUAUAGCAGGGUGUUCAAAUACGUAUUUUCUUUACUGUAUAUAUCAUGGUGAUAUUUUCUGUAUUUCAUAAAUAUGAUUUAGAUAAUCAAUCUGUGCACUUUCAAUCAGCGCUUAUCCCCUGAUCUAAAUUCCCCACCUGGGCAAGGAAAAUCUCAAAACUCCAUUUGUGGGUGGAUUAUACCAUUAAAAAUGAUUAAAAUGCAAAAUGACAUAAGUAUGAAUAAUUGUCCAGUUGUCCAUUCCUGUUUUUAAUUCCUCACAAAGACUUGUUAAUUUGCAUUUUUGUGCCUGACCAGUAUCUCUGAUUAAGCUCGUUAAUUUUUUUGAGGUACUGUGCUGUAAUAAAUUAUAAAUGUAUGGUGUGUCCAAGGUGUGUCACAGGCCAAGCAAGGGCAGUGGUUGACCUGAGUGGAGGCAAAGAUCACCUGGAAAGAAUUGUGGGAGAUUGAGGCAUUCAGGGCAAGCUUUACCAUCGGAGCUGUAUAUGAUAUCUUACCUUCUCCAAUAAACUUAAACCAGUGGUGUGCUGAAGACCCCUAGUGUCUGUAAUACCCAAGUCCCUCAACACUGAAGCACAUCCUCGUUGGAUGCAAGACCAGCCUUACUGAAGGCCGUUACACCUGGCGGCACAUCCAAGUGCUGAAGUGUCUUGGUGCUGUUCUGGAGAACCAG